AUGCAAGGUCCUCGGCAAGCCCUGUGGAAAAUCUCAAUUGUCCAUCACGACUCUUCUCUACCUGUAGAGGAGCAAGCCUUCCAUCAUGCACUCGGACUCUCGAUCGUCCUCGUCGUUGCUUUCUUGGCUGAGGGACUCCCGAAAGAGAUCCUGCGAGCCGACCUCGUCCGCAACUUUUACAUGUAUCUCUUUGGCGGAUACGUUCUUCUGGCAGGUGUAUUCUUCCAGUACUAUGGACACCGACGGCCAUGGAACUUCGCUGGCCUUGCAUCACAAGACUCUAUCCUUGUCCAGCGUGCGUUUAUGGGACGCAUGGCUCACAGCGACGACCUCAUGGCUUCGGCAGCGGUGCCUAACGGCUGGAUGGCAUCUCCUCCGGGCCACCCGUUUUGGCUCAUGAACAUCAUCGUCUUGAUGGAGCACCCCGAGGGAACCGGCGACGGGACUGUAGAAGGUCUGACAGGGCCAGGCAUGCUCAGUCUUAUGAUCAAGUACUAUACCGAGAAUUUCAAAAUGAAUCGUUGA